CGUCUAGAAGACUCUGAACCGGAAGAAACAGUCAGCAAAACGUAAACAUGGUUUAUAUUUCUGGUGGAAAGGUUCAGGAGUCCCAGACUCUAUGGCGACUGUCCAUUAUACCGGAAAUCUUCUGGGGAAUUAUUAACUUCAUUGUCCUAUUCUUUGAAACCAUGAUUUCACCGAGCAAAACUAAAUAUGGUAACAACUACACAUCAGACUACAAGGCUGGAAACGAUGGAGGUGGCGGGGGCCCAAGAAGAAGAAUGGGAGGCUUCAGAGGGGGUGGAGGGGGUCCAGCAUCUCCUCCUAUGGGUGGGGGAUGAGGUCGGUAAACCCCAGUUACCUCCCCCUAUUACCAUGGUUACUUGAUGGUAGUCAUGGCAGGGGUUGAAGGUCAAUUGGGGUUAACUAUCGGCAACUGGAAGGCUUUAAACACAUCACCAUAGAAGGGAUAUUUACGGGAACGAAGACUUAAUUGACUCUUUACCAACUAUGCUACAGGCUUAAAGCAUUUCUUUAUCAUUAUAGUGAAAUGAGGUCUUUGUUUAUAUUCAUUGGUAUAUCAACAUGUAAAUGCUGUGUUAAUCACAGCUGUUACUUUAAGACAAAAAGCAUAUUUUUUCUAUAUAAAGGGUCACAGAUUGUUGUUUUGUAUACAGUGAAUCACUGUACUGUUAUUUAUAACGUUUAUAGUUAUGAAGGAGAAUAAGUCUUCUUUUAACAAAAAAGUCUGUUAAGAACUAGAACAAUUAUACUAAACUUGGCAUUGAGUAGUCUCAAAACUGAAUAAUAUGUAAAAGCACACCAAAAAUGCAUGUGUCCACUUACAUGUAAUAUAUACUAGUAAGUCUUUGUUUGAUGAUGCCUAUUUUUAAUCUGGUUAUAUUGUGUUACAUGUUACAAAGCCAUCCAGUUGGCAGGGAGGCAGGUGCCCUGUGUGCUGUGCUGUGGUCGCAGUAAAUGAUUGGCCCCCUGGAAACCCCGCCCAUGGGGUAGGGGGGCCAUGAUGGACCCAGGGUACGAUGCCAAACAUUAGUCUUAUUUAUUUCUGGAAUGUAUAAGAUUACUAUUAUAAAUAUGUGCAUUGGGUGUAAAAGAUAGUGAGAAAGUGAGGGACUGAAGGAUAUUUUAUGGGUAUAGAUUACUAAGUGUGUGAACAUUUUUCAUGAUGUGUAUGUGUUUAUGUGAUGCGUGUAUUUGAUUUUGGUAAAACGUAAAUUCUCAUGUAUUUUGAUGAAUUAUUGGUGGUUGUGUGUGUAACAUUACAUGUGGUUUCUUUGAUUAUUUCAUUUGAUGUACACUCACUAAGUACAUGUAAGUGUACUUAACUCUUAACUUUCUCUUAUAUUUUCUGUACAAGAUUAUCUACCUUCAAAAUUUCAUAUAGUUUGUUGAUAUGUUAACAGAUUCCUGUAAUGUUCUACUUGCUUUUGUUUGAUCCAACUUUCUAAUGAUUGUUUUUAUUUUAGUGUUGUGUUGUACAUAUGUAUAUAGAAAUCCAUUAUCAUGCAUCAAUAAUUUACCAUUAAAUAUUAUUAAGAA